AUGACCCAGCCAGACAAUCAGUCAGAAGACCAGGCGCAGAUCCCGUCAAACGUUGAGUCAGAAGACGAGACAGAAGCCAAGCCAGAAGCCCAACCAAAAAGGGUCAUUCUUCGUCUGUCAGAGAGCGAUAUGGACUACCAAAAUCCACGAGAAUUUGUCGACUUUUACUUUACAAAGUUCCCCUCGGAUGCGGCUCUAGACCCAACUCGUCACUUUGUGCACUAUCAGCCACCAAGUGAUUUUCCGCAGUCGAAUCCCAAAGUCCAUAUUGUUAUUGAUUUGGAGACAUCUCAUAUCUUGGAGACCCUGGGCGAAGACUUCCCGCACGAAAUCUACAAAGUUUGCCGCGGGGCUGAUAAUCUGGAGAUGUAUGCAUAUCCAGAAGCCGUCAAGCAAAAUCUUCUUCGGAAAAUUCGACAUUUUAGCGAUGAUUUCUAUCCUUGGGGUUAUAGCAGAGGGGCUCGAAAAGCGGAAUCAAUAUAG